CACGGUCUAACCCUUUAAAUUAAACUGUUCAAUUGUGAAAUGUAUGUCAGAGGUCCUUUAGCACUAAAACAGCUGUCCUUUCAAUCUAAACAAGUAUCAUGUUUCAAUGUUGAACACUGAGCAGCCUGUAGAGGUCAAACAGUUUAAAAUAGAAAACCGUCCACUCUAAACUGCUUUUCCUGGAGCAGGAAUAGCAGCCCUUUUCGAAGCAACAAGACUGAAGAUUGCGGCGUCAUAGACUUUUUUUUAUCAACUCCAUGUCACCUUUUCAGAAUGCUGACAUUUGCGUUUUGUUACUUUUGGUCUAACACAAAAAAGCUGGCUCAUUUCAGAUCUUGCUGAACUUAAAAUUGAUGUGUCUAACUUGGUGCUCUACAGUAUUGAACUCCUACUGCGUUGCUUCUGUACAGAAUGGACUGUUGGAUUUAUAGUCGGCUAAAAAGGAUUGAUUCUUCUGGACUGCAGCUCAAGUAAUCUGUUGAUGGAAUUUCAUAGAGGCGUAUAAAAAUUCCAGUGUUAUCUUUCUAUCAUUCUGAGCGUCUUUUUAAUAACUUUGUGCUUUAUUUUGUUCUUCUGUGGGUUGAAUCAGAAACAUUUAGAACAUCUCCUUUAUGGCAAUUUGUAAGGUUACACUGUAGAACUGAGCUCAAGUAAUUGCCACAACUCAAUUUGGCUUGCUGCAGAGAUCCUAAGUUCUAAUGUAGAUUUAUUAUUUAGCUGGGAUAUACAUUUCAUUCAAGGUUAAUAUCUGAGAAAAGAUUUAAAACUGGAAGAGAUGAAUAGACUGAUGUGGUGUUUGUCACUGGUGUUGAUCUAUUUCAUCCUGGGGCUGAAGUUUUGUGUGGGAUGGGUGCAGUGGGUUUUAAAUGUUCUCAGGAGCUUCCUGUUCAGUUCAGUCACUUCAGAAAAUGACAGCAAAAUCAGCAGAGUGGUGGAAUCCUGGGAGAGAGACCCCGCCUCAAGAAUCUACUCGUGUGGAGAAGAGGAUGCUUUGGUCACAGUACAGACAAGCACACACUGUUUUCAGGUUGAUCUUAGAAAGCUGUCAGAAUGCAGCGAGUACUUCAGGGCCCUGUCUCACUCCCGAAUGAAGGAGACUACACAGAACCUCGUCCACCUGGACCACAUUCCUUCUAGAACCUUCCGCAAUCUCCUCGAGUUUACCUUCCGACAGCACUGUGAGGUCCCUGAAGAAGAGCUCCGGGAGCACAUUCAGGUGGGCAGCUACCUGUUGGCACAUCCCUUCCUAGCCAGAUGCCUGGUCUUACUUAGGAAGGUCUUGACUCCUCGGAAUUGCCAAUCCUACCUGGAUUUUGCCAAAUCAAUAUUCUGUGAGGAGAUGCUGAGUACAGUGUACUGCUACCUGAGCACACACCUGCUAGAAAUGCCUCAACUCUGCGGCAGCCUGGAACCAGCAGAAAGAGAGAGAAUUAUUGAACUGAGAACAGAGGGCAGCCACCAGCUGUGCACCUUGAAGAAAGAAAACCUUUGUGUAGGGCGUGACUCUCAAACCGAUGAUGCCCGCUAUUUGUACCAUUUUCUAGGGGCAGAAGACAGCGGUAACUGGUGCCAGGGGUCAAAACUUCCCUUUCUCGCAGAUAAAUGGAGCUUCAGCACUGCUGUGUUGUAUAACUACCUGUUUGUUAUAGGGGGAUACAGGCACAAGGUGAAGAAGAGAUUUGAGUUCUGCAUGGCAUCUUUUCGAUAUAACCCCUUCACAGACUGCUGGGAUUCUGUGGCACCUUUGAUUAAGCGCAGGCGUCACUUCAGCACUGCAGUUUGUGAGGGGGCUAUCUUCGCUGUGGGAGGCUGGUAUCUAGAUAAUCUUUUGGCUCCCGAUUCCAGCACUGCCCUCUACACCGCAGUGGAGAGGUAUGACCCAUGGACCGACACCUGGGCUUUUGUGUCUUCUCUGCCCCUGACCGACUUCUUAUUCACUGUAUCUCUUUCCCAUGAUAUUCCGCUGACAACUGUCCUGCGUGACUGUAUCUAUGUGCUCGGAACCAUCCAAAAAACAGGAGAGAAGCUCAUACUGCAGUACAAUGUGAAACAAGAUUCCUGGUCAGAGCUGCUUCCCACUCUUACUUGUGCUGAUGCAGAUAUUCCCAGUCUUUACUUCUUCUGCUCAGUAGACAGGCUUUAUUUGAUUGGAGGGAAUAACAAUGAGAAUGUGGUGACCUCAUUCUGUGUGGACAGUCAGAAGUGGGGCAAGGUCAGAGUCACACAGAAAAUGGCGCUUGCUGGCCAGGGCACUAUACUGAAUAACAAAGUGUACAUGCCAGCAGCAGAGCAGAACACUGUCAUCAGCAUGGAUCUCCAGUCCUUAUCCACACAGAUAUUACCUCCUCUCCCCAUCUCCACUUCCUAUGAGGCUCUUUUCCACCUUUAUUUCAAAGUGUUUGAUAACACCGUGUAACAAUUUUUUUUUUUUUUUUGUUCCUGGGUAGUAAGUGUUAUUUCCUAA